AUGUUGGGCAAAACAGUACCUGGCUCUCAUUCUAGUAAUACCGCUAGUAACAGUCCGGUAAGCAAAGAAAGGUAGGUAAGUUUCAUUCAAUGUCCCACUAAAACUAAAAAACCUAAGAUAGAGUGAGACUGAAUUAUCAAAGGUUAUCAACCAAACGAUUUUAAAGCAUCUUAUAGAAAAUGUUCUUCCGUGAUAAACAGUAUCAAUUGAUCGCAUUGCAAAAACCUAUCGGGAGAAUAGAAGAUACAUUAAAAGUAACGACAACAGUAUUGUAAAAGUUGUACUUAUAGAUGGUAAGAGUAUUUUAAGAACGCUUUUAGUAAAGGCACCAAGAACUCUCGACCUGUCUUUUUUCAUUCUUCUUACAUAUCUUUUCUGUAAAACGAACUUAGUAAUACCUACAACAAACUCACUUCAAUCUGGUUAACUCUGGUCCUCUCCCUAACUCCGUUCCCUUCCUCUCUCUUUCCCACUCACCACUUCUCACUCUUCUAUUUCUUACUGACUUCUAAUUGAACUCUCUUAAAUGCUUUUAAAAAUGCUUAAAUAUUCGCUAUUGGUAGGCUUAAGUGGGCAUGCUGGCUAACUGAUCUUGGAAGAUUAAACAUUUGUUGUCAAAACUCUAUAACUCUCAUGCUUUAGCGAAACUCUCACAAAUGAACAACUCCUCACUUGAAUGCUUCCCAUCAACCAAAUCAGUCUUUAACUGAGUUCAUAUGACAUCAUGUUUUCUUUCACAUGCGGCUCCUGUUCUGUGCGCUUGAGCUCUGCUGAUAUUUAUUCGUGAUUUAAACGGGAUACGCUGCUACUCCGGUAAUUUGCUGUCUAAAGGCAAACAUUAUCUGCUGAUACAUUGUAGCAGGAUUGUUCCAUCAGACCACAAAAUCUGCAAAUAGUUUCACUUUAGUAACAAAAUAACGAUGUAAUUAUCAACUGGGAAUUCAGCUGUUUAUGUGAAAAUAAAAAAAAAAAAAGCUGACGCAAUUUUAUUCCCUUUCAGCGCCUACAACAAGAAAAUAUGCAGUCAUCGCCGACAUAUAUCUUCACACUACUCGUUUUGAGUGUGGAUAUUUUUUUUGGUAGGUACUUAAUGCAUGUUUUCAAGCUCAAGAUUAUAUGCUCAGAGAGUAUGAAAUACACUGGCUUGGUUCUGAUUCAUUCUAAUGCAUAUGCGCUGAUGAGUUUGAAGGAGACAGCUGCAGAAAACGCAAGUCAGUGCUUCAACUAUUGUAGGAUAAUCGAUUUAUGCAUUUGUAGAUUCUCUUUCGCGGAACAUAACACAGUCUUAUGAUUCUUGCACAGGGCUUUCUUGUCCACCUGGCAAAAAGACGGACGAUCCUCAAGGCCGUUGCUGUGUUUUUCCUUUUGAGUAUGGAGGAAAAACUUACCAAUCUUGUACCAAGGUAGCUCAUCACAGAUUGUGGUGUUCAUUUGACGAGGUUUACAAAGGACAAUGGGCUAACUGCGGUAAGAAAUAAAUAUUACAAAUAUGGCAAUUUUAAAUUCAAUAAAUAAGUUUUUUGAAACCAUUAUUACUUUUAUUGACCGCCUGUAAGAUACAAAAUAGCAUUCAACGCUAACCCUUCAGAAAUGGAUUACCGAGGCCGCCUAAAGCAAAGUUUUUGUUCUGAAACCUAGUAAACCCGUGCACAAACAGCCCUUGCCAAAAUGGGGGAGUCUGCGCAGUAACUGGAGAUGACUCUUACAGCUGCAAAUGUGCCGACGGAUAUUAUGGACAAACCUGUGAAAAAGGUAGAAGCACGAUAAAUAUGGUCGUUUUAGACAUUUUUUGCACAUAGGCGCUAUUAAUUUCUUUUAUUAUUAUUUAAACAUAUUUAUUAUUGUUUUCCCCCAAAGCGCUAAGGCAUAACGAGGGGGAUUACAGUGUUACAAAUAUAAAAUCAAUUUAUUCAGGCUCACACAGGAACAAACUCAUAACCAACACACACAAGUUGCAAUACAACGGGUUAAACUUACUAAGCUAGGAAUAUAUGAAUUAAACAAUCAAACAAUGGCCUCAGAGAAGCGAUUAGUGUUAAUUAUAAAACUUUGUACUUCGCGAAAAAAGGCACAGCUGACGUCGUAAUUUACAGACUCAUCACCGUACAAAAAAAAAUUUAGUUUCCUAGCAUCACCGCCGGAUGACCAUGUUUCACCUAGAAUAUUAGCAGUAGAGGUAAGGAGGACCUCACGUUGAGCGGCAUACCUCGGGAAAUGCAAGAAAAAGUGUUUCACCGAUUCAGAAUCAAAACUGCACUCGCAAAUAAGCGACACACAACUAUUAAUUUUGAAGAGAUAUUCUCUUAGUAUAGGUAAUCACAUGAUUUCGAGUACAAUUUGGAAUAAAUAAGCAGGAGUAAAUUUUUUUAAGACUAACAAAAUUGCACGAGCCCGUUGGGCGAGUGCAAUUUGUGACCUUUGAAAAAAUUGCACUAGAAAAAUUAUGUGAUUACGUGUUAAUAAUAUGUAUUAAAAAAUACGAGAGAGCUUAUCAUAAUCAAUUAAGCAGAAGCAAAGCGCGCAUCAACUGCAAAAAUAAUUUAUUUAAACCGUGUACGAUCAAAACAAUAAUAUACAAUGAUAUCUUCACAUCUUUAAGGCGCAAAAAAGUUUAAAGUCCGGCUAAAUAGUUCAAGGAAUUGUUCAGUCUGUGUCCGAAUCACUUUCAAUGAAAUGGAAUCGUCGUUUCCGAGGUUUAACCAUGUAAUUUUCGAUUUCCUUGGCAAUUCCCUUCUUUAAACACCACUUUUUCCAAACCAACAACCAAAAACCAGUGCUUUUAGCAGUGUUUUCGUUGUAAGAGCUGUUUUUCAGCUGCGGUCGUGAAAUAAAACCUACUCAAAACACCGGCCAUUGUUUCGCUCGCAAUUUUUCAAAUUUUCAAAUUUUGUUGCGACAUCUAAGGCUCGCAUUUGAUUGGCUAUCUGUGAGUUUCUUUCAUCAUUGUCCAAUUAGAAUGUAUGGUUUGUUUAAGAAUUUGUUCAUGCUUAGCGCGCGUAUAUCGAGUUAAGGAUGCACGCGGGAAGUUUGGAGAGCACGAAAAAUGCGUAAGAGUAGCUUGAGGCGAAUAAAAGAUUUAGUUCAUAGCGGCUCAAUAGGGCUUAUAUAGGGCAAGCACGCACGCUAUGUUAUAAUCCUUUUUUUACAUUGAAGUAACCCGCUUCUGCACUGAAUUACCUGAAAACUGCAUUUUUCUUAACCAAUCAGAACUGAGUGAUUUUUUCAGGUAUAUUAUUAGACAAGAAAACCCAAGUCUAAGGCGGGUGUGAUCAACAGAUGCACGCCUUGUAAAAGAACAAUCGUAUAACCUAUUGUAAGUAUGCGGAAAGAGAAUUGACCGAGUUUUCGCUUUAAAAGUGGGAAGAGAUACAAAUCUCCAUCAAAAAAUUGUACAAGUAAAAGAAAACAAUCUUUUCACAGAUUUUAGAAAAACUUGCCAGCAGAGAAACAGGACGGCAAUUCACUUUGACACAUACCGACAGAUUACAGGACGAGUCAUCCUACAACCCGACAUCACACAAAGCCACUACUAUCACGUCUCUUACCCGACUAGUGCAAUUAGUAUGUAAUACAACAGACAGCUUAUCCGACGAGAACAAGUACCUUAACCGUGUUUUUUCAAAGAACAACUACAACGAAAACUACAUCCAACGUAACACUCACAGACCUACUACUACUACUACCGAAACUAACGACAACGCAACCCCUACGACCACAGCCACUAUACCAUACAUAAAGGGCAUAUCUGAGAAAAUCUCACGUAUCCUACAACCAUUCAAUAUCAUUCGCUCACAAACCUAUUACCACACUACGUCAGUUACUGACUAACAUCAAAGACAGAGACGAAUCGAGGAACAGACAAGGAGCAGUAUAUAAGAUCAAUUGCUCCGACUGCCACGCCUCCUACGUCGGCGAGACUGGCAGAAACCUCGCAACUAGACUGACCGCACACAAACGAACGACGAAGAAAGGCGAUGUCAACAAUCUCAUUGCUGAACAUCACCGACUUACGAACCACGCUAUUGACUGGGACUCUGCGUAAUGCCUAAACUACACUAACUUCACUAACGGAUCCGGCAAACCGACCAAUCACGACUGACCUACGCCACUUGAGUCUUACAGCCAAUAACAUCACGGCAAAACUGACCAAUCAGUGUACACAAACCGGACUAAGUACAUUUGACUGACAACAACCUUUCACUUGACUCUGAUGAUGACUUCCGCUCAGGUUGUCGAAACGUCAGUCACCACUACCGACAACAGUCCUUCUCAGGACUACACUCACCCGGACGAUCAAACUACACUAUUACAUGUUACCCCCGGGUUCAAACCAUUUACUGAAUUCAUUUUGAGUUGACGAUUGUCAUUUUUGAAUAUAGGAAUAACAUUUGCAAGCUUCCGCUCACUGGGGAACUGACCAAGUGAAAAAGACAUAUUGAUAAAACGAGUGAAAUAGACAUAAAACCAUCACUGCACAUCUUAAUAAUCCUGUUGCCAACUCCAUCAUAACCAUAUACUUUAGAUGUAUCAACGCCCCUCAUUAGUUGAAGUACUUGCUCUUCUGUAGCGAUGAAGCUAGAUAAAAACUAUUGAGUCUGAUAGGGCGAGAUAACAGGAGAAAUGGUGUUGGCGCCUGCAAGCUCAGUCUGAAACACAAAGAAGUCGUUUAAGAUACACGCUUUUUCCUUGGGAUCAAAUAUGGGCCGUAUGUUUUCGACAAUGGUUGGAAUAGAUGAGGAAUUUUCCCGACCACAUACUCUCCUAACGAUUGACCACCAUUUUUUACUGUUAAUGUAAGGGUUGCUCAGAUCCUUGUUGACUCUUUCAUAAAAGGCUUUUUUUGGCAGAUCGUACAAGUGAGAUACUAAGAUUACGUUGAGCCCGAUUAGCGUUCCCACGUUCGGCUAGAAAUGGGCGUUUAUUGUGAAUCGGAGCAGGCGGUCCCGCCUCUUAAUUGACAGGCGCACUUUACUAUACAUCCAUGUUUAAUCCUUAGCAAGUAGUGUUACCGUUUUCAGUGGAAUGUACUUCUCAAUAAUCAAACGAAAGUAGCCAUACCACCUUGACUAUAUUUCAUCUAUGUCUUUAACAUUUUCAUACAAAGAGAUCCAGUCUGAUUCCCCAUUCAUAUUUGUAGUGUCGACGUUAUUAAAAUUCCACACCCGCCUUUUGUAAGAUCGACUUCUGUAAGCGAAGAUAUUCAUAUUUGAGAAGAUAACAGAAUGGUCACAACUGGAAGGGGGAUUUAAAGUCCCAGAAGUACUUAACGCCCUGGAAAAGUUGUGGUAACUAAAUCCAAUAUCGUCAAACUGUGACAAGUGACACGAGUUGGCUCCACUAUCAGCUGUGCCAAGUUGUUAUAUUCUAAGAAACUGUAUAAUUUUUUUACCUACAUCAUUAUUCCCUGAUGGAUUUGUAGAGUCGUAAUGAGCAUUGAAAUCUCCCAAUACAACAACCCUAUAUUGUUUCGGUGGUUGACGAAUUUUAUCAAGAAACAGCUAAAAAUAUUCGAAGAAAUUAGCAAGGAAAACACUAUCGUCAUCGUCGGGCGGCCUGUAACAACACCACAGGGAACAUCAAGGUGUGAUGCGGAAUUCAAUCCAAAGGAAUUCUAUGGCGGCAAAUUCCAAAUUUAACCUACGCUUAGCCACGAGGGUACUAACCGUGAAGAAUGCAACUCCACCACCCAUUCUGUUGUGCCUGUCAAGUCGGAUAAUAGGGUUGUACCCUGCAAUUUGUAAACAAUCACUGCACACGCGAUUGUUGAGCCAGGUUUCCGUGACUGCAAAAACAUCAAACUCGUCAUCUCUCACCAGCAAAGAAAUCUUUUCAAACUUGUCACCCACGUUCAAACUUCUGGCAUUUUAGUGAUCGAACUUGAAAAAAGGUUCCGGAUUUAGUUCAACAUCAUUAGACAAAACUAUUCUAAGAACGAUACAGACUGCAAUCCAUAAAAAAGUCAAGGUAGCGUCCGCGUGGUUCAAAGAAUAAACAAACUUAAAACACCGCAUCCGAAAACAAUUGAAUAGCCCAAUAGCCGCUCUUUAUGCCUCCAAACUAACCUCCAUUAUCGUAUAUUAACAGAAAAUGGAACCUUACCUCUACCUGCAUGCCACAAUAAAAGUAAAAACAAACAUUAGAGCGAAGAUUUAAAUAAAUAGGGACAGAUUGAAAAUAUAUAUUAGACUAAAUACCACAUAGUUAGAGGCCAGCAUAAACUUACGAAAGGUACAAACUAGCACUAGGGCAAUAUGAUAAAUCUGGUAACAUUCCUUGAAUCCUGAAGUGAAUCCUGUGGUUCGUCGUUACUUGAAAAUUAUAGUUUCAAGUUCACAAUAGUUCAUAUUUUGUGAAGCCUAAUUAAUUAACUACAUGAAGUCUUCGACCAUCUGACUUCGGUUUUCACUUUAACACACUUAACUCGAGAAGUGUAAAAUAGUUUCUGGUUACUUUUGGUUAAGUCUUCAUUGAUGUAAAAGCCAGAAUCCUUAAGAUUUUUCCCGUUCUUCAUUAUUGUGAGUUUAUCCUUGUGCCUUUUCAAGCAAACAAAAAUUGCUUUAUUAGCUCCUUCCUCUUUCUUACCUACCCGGUUAGCUCUGUCAACUGUAUCAUCGCUGACUUCCAAACCAAUUUUUCCCUGCCAAGUUUUACAAAUUUAGCCGCACAAUUUUCGGCUACUAAUUUGCCAACCAUGAUGGACUACUACUCUGCCAAUCAUAAUGUUUCAUUUCCUCAGUGAGCCCCUGUAAAUCACAUCCAUGUAAAAAUGGUGGAACAUGUACAAUGACGGGUCUUGAUUCAUUCUCAUGCAAAUGUACCGAUGACUUUGAAGGAGACACCUGCGAAAAGCGUGAGUAACGUUUUGACAGUACAUCAGUAAUGUUAAACUUAUGCUUUUGCCCAUGAGUAUAUUUAUUUUGUGAAGAACGUAAGACAUUUUAUUCUGAUUCUUCCACAGGACUCCCUUGCCCACCUGGGAAAAAGACGGACGAUCCUCAAGGCCGUUGCUGUGUUUUUCCUUUUGAGUAUGGAGGAAAAACUUACCAAUCUUGUACCAAGGUAGCUCAUCACAGAUUGUGGUGUUCAUUUGACGAAGUUUACAAAGGACAAUGGGCUAACUGCGGUAAGAAAUAAAUAUUACAAAUUUGGCAAUUUUAAAUUCAGUGAAGAAGUUUUUUUGAAACCAUUCUCACUUUUAUUGACCGCCUGUAAGAUACCAAAGAGCAUUCAACGCUAACCCUUCACAAUAUCGACAAUCUCCUUUCGCCAUUACAGAAGAGUUGUUUUUCCUUAAAAUCUCAGCCACUGAUGAUAAAAACAGGCGAAGUUUCUGAUUAUGCUGACAUGGAGAGUUAAACGAACACUGGUUCAGAGCUAGCUAUCAAUUCUCUCUGCUACUUAACAACUUCUCUGCUUGUGUUGCCUCAAAAACAUUUAUGGAGUGGAUACUGGUGACCCUCUUCCGCAAGACCUGUAGAGGGACGUGAAAAUGCUAAAUAUUGUUUUGAGAGCGUUAGGUUGUGAUUUGUUCAUGUGCCAACUUUUCAAAAUAAAAUAUUCUAUUCGAAGUUUUAGUUGAUAGUCAACGAAGUGUGUUUGGUUUCCCUCAGCGAAACACAAAAUUUUCCCUAGACACAAAUCAUUACCUUCGAUGUGUCAAUGGCACUUAAAUACCUUUGCAUAUUCCAUUUCCUGAGAUGAAGCCUUUCAUGUUUAAGGUAAUUUUCUGUGUGGAAAACAAAUCCAGUUACCUCAACAAAUAAAUAGCAGAGGUCGCCUAAUGAAAAGUUUUGUUAUGACCCUAGUAAACCCGUGCACAAACAACCCUUGCCAAAAUGGAGGAGUCUGCACAGUAACUGGAGACGACUCUUACAGCUGUAAAUGUGCUGACGGAUAUUAUGGACAAACCUGUGAAAAAGGUACAAGCACGAUAAAUAUGAUCGUUUUAGACUUUUUUUUGCAGAUAGAGGCUAUAAAUUUGCUAACCAUAAUGGACUACUACUCUGCCAAUCAUAAUGUUUCAUUUCCUCAGUGAGCCCCUGUAAAUCACAUCCAUGUAAAAACGGUGGAACAUGCACAAUGACGGGUCUUGAUUCAUUCUCAUGCCAAUGCACUGAUGACUUUGAAGGAGACACUUGCGAAAAGCGUGAGUAACGUUUUGACAGUACAUCAUUUAUGUUAAGCUAAUGCUUUUGUGCAUGUGUAGAUUAAUUUUGUAAAGAACGUGACGCAAUUAUUCUGAUUCUUCCACAGGACUCCCUUGCCCACCUGGGAAAAAGACGGAAGAUCCUCAAGGCCGUUGCUGUGUUUUUCCUUUUGAGUAUGGAGGAAAAACUUACCAAUCUUGUACCAAGGUAGCUCAUCACAGAUUGUGGUGUUCAUUUGACAAAGUUUACAAAGGACAAUGGGCUAACUGCGGUAAGAAAUAAGCAUCCCAAAUUUGAAUACAAAACAAACUUAUUGUGGGAUUAUCUGCUAGAAUAGCCAUUUUUUUCCUAAAAUGUACUGUUUGUUAUUGGAACUAAAAAAUGUAGAUGCUAUUGUUUAGAGGUAGGAAAUUUUAGGGAAGUCUUUCAAAAAGUUUUUUAGAGAACCUUUCAUGUGGUGUUACUGAGAAACCCUGAAUAAACAUUUGGACAAAACACACAAUAUAUAUUUUAAAAAUGAACAUUCGAACAAAUCAUGUCUUAACGAGAGACAAAAGUCAUAUUCUGUCUUACCAAUAAGCCAUCCUACUAGUGUAGCCCCAGCUGCAUCCUCGACGAACGCAGUUGGUAUCACGGGCAUGAUCUUAUGGGAUACACUUUUCCGGUUAGGGUUAUGAAUUUCAUCUUUUGUACUAGAGAGGCUUAAGUGCAACUUUCAUUUCACAUUUUUUGCUCAUGCUUUACUUGAUAAUGUAAUGUUUUCAAUGAUUUAUGGCAAAGCGCAAAAGGUUCCCCUUCCAAUGCAGGCUCGGUUUUCUUCCACCAAUUCGAGUAAAUAAUAGUUGUUGUCUAUCUUCCUGUCAACGGAAAAUGACCCUAAGCAAAAACUCUUUUGCGUUUUGCUACUCUUCCGAAUCCUAUUUGAGGAGUUUCUUUUAUUUAGUCUUUCACAGCUCAUUGUGAUGCUAUGAUUUGAUGGGUUAUUUUGUGAUCAUGGAUUAUUGUUGACAUUCUUUUGCAACAGUUGAUGAAUGUGAGUCAUCUCCUUGUAAGAAUGGAGCCAGUUGUAAGAUUACUCAAGAUGGUUACAGUUGUCAGCCAUGUCCUGCAGGAUGGGAUGGGAAAAACUGUGAUGAAGGUUUGAUGCGUAUUUGAAUUAACUAUCUUUUUGGUCUUGGGAAAUCACUUACGGCCAGCAGCUUAGUCCCCUUUUUACCCCCAAAAUCUUUUUGCGGGUAAUUUGUACUGCCAUGUGCACUAAAAGACACUCCAUGAGCGAAAGCAACGUUGAUAUGCGCGUCGGAUUUCAACAGUGAAUGGUGUAGAGCCAUCGGAAGUUACCAUUACUUCCAACUUUUUCAUCCUUCCAACUAAUUGGUGAGACUACGUUCUCAUUUUAAAUGUCUUAAUACUUCAAAUCUAUACGCUUUCUAGGCGAAGCCAAUUAACUUUUAUAGUCAUUACAAUUAACGACGUCUGAGUUAUCCAUCUCAUGGAACAAAUAAAGGGUUUCGAAUAGGAACCUAAAGAUUCUCCGUGUUUUGUCUUCAAGUGUAAGUCGCUGUCUCAUCAAGUCUGAGCGUAAAAAUAAAGCACAGAGUGUACAUUAACGAUUAAUACAUAAAACAUUGCUACCCACACGACACUAAAUAACCCUCAAAAAGUAGCUUUCACCAAAGCAAACGGGAUGCCGACAAGUACUUCACCUACUUUAACAACUGUUAAAUACAUUUUGCAAUCCCUCGGCUGACAAACCUCAGAUACAUUUUCGCCACAGAUCAAAUCCUCUUCUGACCAUGCAUCGUUUCAUCCAGUUUGCCUUCAAAGUAGGAUUCGGAGUAUUUUCACAAGAAUCAAGGAUUCACCAAUAUUAGUUUUUUUUCAGUCCUUUGUGUUUCUGCCGAGACAUAAGGUUGAAAUUUUGAACACUUUAUAGUCAAACAUGGACCAAAAAAAGUCAGACUUCUCACUGCACAGAUGCUUUCAUCCAUUUGUUAACUUAUUAUUUUUUUUCCACCAGACUCGGACUCAAGUUUUUCCCCAAGAAUUGAGGGUUCACCAAGACUUUUUUUUCAGUCCUUUAUGUUCCUAGUGAGACCUUAGGUGGAAAUUUUGAACAAUGUUUAGUCAAACAUAGACUACAAAAGUCAGACUUAUCACUUGACAGAUGUUUUAAUUCAUAUGUUUGGUUUUUUUUCACCAAAUUCGAACUCAACAUUUUGGCCCAAUGACUUCUUCCAAUUCUUUUGUUGCAGUCGCGUGGAAAUCUGAAGGAUGUUUCAAAGAGCACAAGAGGAAAGCGAAAAUGGUUCUCGGACGUAAAAUCGCCACCGUCCCUGGAAAGAAACUAAGCAUUCAGGACAUAUUUGAUAAGUGCAAAAUUGCAGCGGAAAAGAAAGGUUUCAAGAUUUUUGGUAUUCGAGUGAGUGAAAAAGAUUUUUUUUAACUUCGCCUAACAUUCAUAAGACUAUUAAAUUAUUUUCCAUGAGCAAAUUUGUGAGAUAUCUGACUCAGUCGAACGAAACACUCGGUUGUAUAAACAUAACCAAGAUUUGCAGUACACCCCUUUAGGCUUGGUUUGUAUUGAUCGCUUUAAAGACGUUGCAAAAGCGAUUUUCCUAAGGUAACUCACAAGUUAGACUGUAAUCUUGAUUCCCAACCAUUUUUGAUCUUCUUCUCUAUUUGUUGUACAGAAAAGGAACAGGUGUUUCUCAACAAGUGAUGGAAAAGUGCCGGAGUUUAAAAAGUAUGGAGCAUCAUCCAAAUGCAAGAUAGAUGACAACGGUCUUGGUGUUGGAAUGAAACUCGCCAACUUUGUCUACACCAGGUAACCUGGAUAGAGGCUCUUGCUCACAUUCUCUUCAAUCUUAAUUGUCAAUGCUAAAAAUAUGGCAAAGAAUAAAAGCCAGAACAACAGAAGUAACAACUAUUUAUUUUCACUAAAGCAUCUGAGCGGGCCGGAAUCUUAAAUUCUCAGAUCUGAUUGGCUAAUCAUGUCCUCGUAGCUGGUCCAGUUUUUUUAUGAUAAGGACUACGUAAUGGAACUUCUUCCGUACCAUUUACAGCAAAGCAGAAAAGGCAGACCAGCAGAGAAAAAAAUUGGAUUAGUUAAUCACCAGUCUAGGUCAGUCCUUAUAGGAAAAAAGCUGUAAGGGGAGGGGAGGGGGUUUGCACUGUCGCAUUUAAAUUCUAGAAAAUUAGAAGAAAAAAAUUAACAAAACACUACAGAAAAAACAAUGAUCAAGAAUAUAAGGCAAGUCACAAGUAAGAUCAAAUUUAAAUAGCGACAUUUAAAUGACACGGCACAGUAGCUCAAUAUUAACAUAAACGAUAUUUUUAUUACCGUAAUGAUUCGAUUUAGCUCCUGGGCGCUUUUUUACUUUUGAUACCACAAGGGAGGGCGCCCAUCGGACACAGGGGGCUUAUUAGGGACAGGACGUUAUUUCAUCUUUUGAGGAACAGCAUAUUGUUCAAAACAAAGCUUUGACAUUUAUUUUAAAAAGCAUAAAAACAGACUGGUUCCCCCUGGAUCCUUCAUGAACCUUCCUGGAUAGAACGACCAGCGGCAGCCAAGAAAUUGUCACAAAAUUUUAAAAUGAGAGAUACAUUUAAUAGAUGAGAGAGCUUAUUAGAGAGGGUGCGAGAGGGUGCGCUUAUUAUAGCGAGAGCGGUAAAUCGAAUUAUUACAGUAUUACGAUUAUUUAUCACACAGCCAUGAAGAUAAAACUUCUAUUGUUAACAUGAUAAAUCGAGUUUUUAUUUUAAAUCAUCUUUUCUAAUCUUUUUCUUAGGCUGUAAAGAUAGACUCAAUGCAGAAAUGCAGCAAUGCACAAAAUGGAUUGGAUGGAAUUA